AUGACGACUCCUGGAGCUCUGACAGGAAACUUUCUUGCUCGUUCCUUCGUUCCUCGGCAGCAGUCAGUCUCCAGCACCGCGCAGUUUGACCGUCUGAAAUGCAUUGAUUGGACUCCGCGGGACUUUUUCGCGCUGUGAAGUCAUGGAUCUGCACCUUUCCUCACCCACGGCGCGUCACUGAACGUAAACAAACGGCCGCAGAAAACUUUGGACCCUAAAUGACAUUCACGCGUUUCUAACGCACGUUUGGAUUUCACGAUGGAGCUUUUAUUCUACCUGCUUGCCUUCGUGUCAGCCCGGGUUUGUUCGGGUCUCGGAUACGCGGAGUCCACUACUAUCCAGACGGGUCACAGAGCAGCCAGCAGACACAGGAACUGGUGUGCCUACGUGGUGACUCGUACCGUCAGCUGUGUGAUGGAGGACGGCGUGGAGACGUACAUCAAACCAGACUACCAGCGCUGCACAUGGGGACAGUGUCCUCGAGUGGCCUACCGGACCUACCGGCGGCCGAGGUAUAAGGUCGCCUACAAGAUGGUGACGGAAAUGGAGUGGAAGUGUUGCCAUGGUUACUCAGGGGAGGACUGCCACAAUGGGCCCCAGGGGACGCCGGACACUCAGGUCAACGGAGGACGACCUCGAGUCACCCAGACCGGAAACAUCCCCGACGGAGGACAGCGAGGAGGAGGAGAAGGUGACCAGGAGAAGAUCCGACAGCUGGAGGAGACCAUCCGAGGUCUGAGCAAAGACCUGCACACCAUGCAGACCACCAUCCAGGGCAUCAACCAGCGGCUACCUGGGCUGAAUGGAGCCAUCGUUCCUGCAGAUUCAGCUCAGCCUCACAUGACGGAAACCAUCAACAGCAUCCAGACCAAACUGGACCACCUUUACAACAGGACACAGGUCCACGAUCAGACUCUGCUCAACAUCAACAACCACCUGGUGAACGGAGGAGGCAACGAGCUGGACGGAGCGGUGAGAGGAGAUGGAGGAGGAGGAGGAAACCAGCUGAACACCAUGAAGGAGGAGAUCCUGACGGAGCUGGAGAGGAGAGUGUCUCUGUCCUGCUCCUCCUGCCAGGCCGGUGUGGAGGAUCUGAGGCGGCAGCAGCAGGAGGACCGGGACAGGAUCAGAGCCCUGGAGAAGCUGAUCAGCUCCAUGGACCAGCACCUCAGGCAGAGCUUAGACAUCUCUCGCAGGGAAAGCGAGCGUUCCCAGGCCUGCUGCAACACCGUCACCGAGCUGGAGAAGAGGCUGACCGAGGUGGACGUCCGAGUCACCACCACCGCCAACAAAUGUGACACCAUCAAAGGACGGCUGGACAAGGAGCUAGCUGGGACGGGUGGAGGGAAGGGACGGGUGACGGAGGACCGCUUCAACAGCAGGCUGAGAGACCUGGAGAAGAGGAUGAACAACACGAUGAGGAAGGUGGAGCAGAGGUGCACCAACACCGGAAACAACAUGAAGGACACGGUACAGAGAGACAUCACCCAGCUACGAAACAGCGUCCUCAGCCGGCUGGACGACAACGGCUUCAAGAUCGGGAAGAUCGAGCUAGACGUGUCUGUUCUUGGAGACACGGUGAGGGAUCACAGCCGACGUUUGAACCAGCUGGAGAACAUCACAACCUUCCUCGACACACAGUUAACAUCGACCACCAAAAUGUGCAACGAGACCUGUGGGCGUAAUGGAAAAGGCCCGUCCACAGAUGAGACUGUGAAAACCCUGGAGUGGAGGGUAAUAUCCAACCAAGAAGAGAUCCAGAAGUUUAACACUAAACUGAACGAUCUGUCGGUGUCAGGAGACUCGCUGAUGGACCGAGUCUUUGACCUGACGGAUGACGUGAAGAAGAUCAUAGCGGUGACGGGGAAGGACGGUGAGAAGUUCAACCGGAUCGUCACAGAGGUUGAGCUGUUGGGUCGUGACUUGGAGGACUGUUUCGUUUGCAGGACUAUACAGGACGACUUGCGCUUGCUGAACACCACCACCAUGACCGGACUGAGCAGGUGUCAGACCGAACUGACGGACCUGAGACGGAAAGUGGACUCAGGGGAAACCGUCUGCUCUCAGGUCUGCUCCACCCUUCAGGAGGAGGUGGGACGUCUCAGAGAGGAGGUAGAGGAGUGUACGGGACAGUGUAGGACCAACAUAAAUGAUCUGAAGAAACAUCUGGAUGGUCAUUCUGUCCACAAUGGAAGGUUAGGAGGAGAUCUGAAGUCCAUCCAGGGAGAGCUGGGUAGAGUUAUGGUCACGUUUAACUCUAUCAAUAACACUCUGAAGGGUCUGGGAAGAACCGUACAGACACAUGGGGACACCCUGACCGAUCUGACAAACACCAAGGACGACAUCAUCUCUGAGGUGAACGACUUGCAGAAGAAGCUGACGGAUCACGUCGAUGACUCCAAGCUUCGAUUCGGCGGUUUGGGCAACGAGAUCCAAAUAAUCAGGAGUAAUUUCAUGACGGAGGUUGGCGAGUGCCGGCGGUCGAGCGACGGUCUGGAUCGAAGGCUGUCCAAGCUGGAGGGAGUGUGUGAUCGCUUCGACUCGCUCUCAGACAGCCUGGAGAGGAUCAAGGACGGCCUCAACCGACACGUGUCUGGCCUCUGGACCUGCGUUAAUGGACUCAACGUCACCGUUACGUCUCAAGGAGAUGCUAUCGAGAACAUCCAGAACGUCCAGCUGGAGAACGUCCACUCCAGGAUACACAGGCUGAACUCUUCAGUGGUGGACCUGGUCAAGGAGUUCCACUAUUUCACAGAGCAGGACUUCACGGGUCCACCUGGUCUACCGGGGCCCCGCGGAGAAAGAGGCGAACGGGGACCCCAGGGCCCCGUGGGACCCCAAGGAAGGGUGGGACCUCCAGGCAGAGAUGGCAGGCAGGGACCGAUAGGACCCCCAGGUCUCCGAGGUGAACAGGGUCCUGCCGGCUCCGACGCCGACGUUCCUCGCCUUUCUUUCUCUGCUGCACUGACUCGCCCCAUGAGAGGAACGGGAACCAUCGUGUUCAACCACGUCUUCGUCAACGAGAACAACGCCUACAAUCCACAGACAGGUUAUUUCACGGCUCCAGUGAGCGGGAAAUACUUCUUCAGCGGCAUCCUGACGGGUCACAAAAACAUGAAGAUCGAGGCGGUGCUGUCCAAGUCCAACAACGGCAUCGCCCGGGUGGACUCGGCCGGCUACCAGCCUGAAGGCCUGGAGAAGCCGAUGGCGGAGGUGAAGCAGAUCCCCGGAGCGCUGGCCGUCUUCAACAUCAUCCUGCACAUGGAGGCCGGAGACACCGUCUGCAUCGACCUGGUCACCGGGAAGCUGGCCUACUCCACCGAACCGCUCACCAUGUUCAGCGGGGCGCUGCUGUACGAGGGCGACUGAUUGGACGCCGAUCUGUCGGCUCGGGAGCUUCUGAUUGGUCUGUUGGAUUCUGAGAGACAGAGGGAUGUAAUGGAACUGGAUUCAUUCAGCAAAAAGAAUUCUGUUUUACUGUAUCACAAGAAAAACAUUUCAACCUCGGUCAUUUGUUUUGUGUUUCGCAGCUUUAAGGAAAACUUUUGGUGCAAAGAGGAGAGUUUUCUCCUCUACGUUUAAACGUUUCUGUGUUCUAAACCUGAAUUCUUUACUGAUUCCAGCAGCACAGCUUCAGGUCUUUCUGGUUUAACCCUCCUGUUGUCCUCAUUUACAGGCACCAAAAAUACUGUUUCCUUGUCUGAAAAAAAUCCAGAAAUUCAGCAAAAAAAUCCCCAAAUUUCUUGAAAUGUACAAAACCUUCAGGAAGUAGAUUCAAAUAAUUCCUUAGAAAUGUCCUUUGUAAAUAUUUUCAAAAAGUGAGAAGAAAUCUUCCAAAAAAUCCUAAAAAUAUCUAAAGUGAUUCCAUAUAUAUCAGUAAAACUUCUAAGAUUUUCUUUAAGAACAUUCACUUAAAAAUCAACCAAAAUCCAGCAAAAUUCACAGGAUUUAGGUUGUUUUUUAUGUGAAUGUUCUUAAGAAACAUUUUUAGCAUUUCUGUUUUCCACAAAAAAUGUUCAAAAUGUUCAAAAUGUGGACAUCAGAAGUUUGACUGAUUUUUUUUCUCUCCACAUUUUAAACUUUAAAAUUGACCUGCAGGACGACACGAGGGUGAAGUGAUAAAGAUUGAGGAUGUGGGCUGUGCUUUUCUGCUGUUUGUGUGUGUCCUCCACCCACAGCGUAUCAAAUGUUCAGAGGUUAUUACACAGUUUUUUUUCUUCAGUUUCAUUGUGACCACAAGCAGAAUUCCCAGAAACACGGCGCUGAAUGCCAGUUGUCUUGGAAAAGAAAAGGAAAGCAGACUGACGUAGGCGGAGGGGCCGCGGUCCAAACCACUGUUCUUUAGGAGGAAAUGCACAAAUGAAGUCACUGACAGUUCAGUGGAGAAACCGCAGCAUUUUAUAAAUCAUACAACAGCGAAACAAUAAGCCCAUUUUAGGACAUGAACACGAGGGGAGGAGGGGGAUUUUUCCUGUGUCCUAAUAAGGGACAUCUAAUCUGAGUUAUGAAGCUGUUACCAUCGUUCCAUCUGAGAGAGGAGUUUUUAAUGCCCACAGACACAAAGAACAAAGUGCCUUUAUCCCUGUUUUUAUCCCUGUUCUUCAGAUCCCACCUCUGGAGGGCUUUUACGCUGUUUGUACAUGUUCUUUACAGAAACGUUUUAUGGCAUUAUAUUCACAUUAAGGCUUAAUACUAUGUUUCCUUUCUUUCCUCUCUGUGCAGAUCUUCUCUCUGCAGGAAGCUCAUGUUCGUCCUCAUCUGUAAUUAUAUAUGCAUCGUGUAACCUCGACGGAUUGUAAAUAUUUUUCAGCAGUUAUAAGAUUUUUAUGAGUUACCACUUCACCGGCCAGGUACUGUAUAUAUUUUGUAUGUUUGUGCCACAUGUGUGCCUCAGUACAGAUACCCAGUUUAACACGUCUCUCUUUCAUCUGGAUCUUUUAUUAAAAGAGCGACUCCACUCCAGUUCUUUAUAAA